CUGUUAGCUCAGGGGGGCGGGACAUUAAACGUCACUCCUCUCGGACUAUAAAUAGUGACUCCAGCUCCUCCCCCAGUCAAUGUAGACGACUGACGCGUGAAGAAGAAGACACUCACUGUUUCAACCGGAAAAUAAACAAUACAAGGUGAAUUAUGGCUCGUACCAAGCAGACCGCUCGUAAAUCCACCGGAGGAAAGGCGCCCAGGAAGCAGCUGGCCACCAAAGCUGCGAGGAAAAGCGCGCCAUCCACCGGCGGAGUGAAGAAGCCCCACAGAUACAGGCCUGGAACUGUUGCUCUGCGUGAGAUCCGUCGUUACCAGAAGUCCACCGAGCUGCUCAUCAGGAAGCUGCCUUUCCAGCGCCUUGUGAGGGAAAUCGCUCAAGAUUUCAAGACAGAUCUGCGUUUCCAGAGUGCAGCUAUUGGUGCUCUUCAGGAAGCCAGUGAGGCAUACUUGGUUGGUCUGUUUGAGGACACCAACCUGUGCGCUAUUCAUGCAAAGAGGGUUACCAUCAUGCCCAAGGACAUUCAGCUGGCCAGGCGAAUUAGAGGGGAGCGUGCAUAAAUGAUUCAUUGGAUUUUAUCUUUUUAGUGGGGGGUGGGUGGGACUGACUGGGGUUUUUGUUUUGUAAAUCUUGGAACUAUUACCAGCAUGUGUACCAUCUUAAUUUGUCAUUUGUAGAUUCAGGCAUGUUUUUCUUUUUGUACUGUCAUUUCACUCUUUCACUUUCUCCUCGACUGUCCUAUUCACUGUAGAAUAGAGCUUCAUAUCUGAAAAUGCUGAAAAACAAAAUAUUCCACUGCCUUUCUCAGGUUUGCAAAUCUAUUUUAGAAUCCGUACCCUUUUAAUCCUGUGUGUGCAUGUCAUAGGAUUUCUUGUCGUGCUGUAAAUAAACUUUCCGCUACCUCAA